AGACCCAAUCUCUCAUCAACUCAAAACUCAUCACUGCAAGCAAUCUUCAAUCACAUUCCUAUAAAACUCUUUUCUUUUCAAUACCAACCACAAAAUCAUCAAUGGCUUCUUCUUCUUCUUCUAGCUCAGUAUUGUAUAUGAUAACUGCAAUUGUAUUAACCUCUGUAUUGGUUGUUGUCUCAGCUAGUAACUUCAAUCAAGACUUUACCCUCACAUGGGGUGAUGGCAGGGCUAAAAUCCUGAACAAUAACCAACUUCUUACCCUUUCGCUCGACAAAACCUCUGGCUCAGGCUUCCAAUCCAAUAAUGAAUAUCUAUUUGGAAAGAUAGAUAUGCAGCUCAAGCUUGUGCCUGGAAAUUCUGCUGGCACUGUCACUGCCUAUUAUUUAUCAUCACAAGGAUCAACCCAUGAUGAGAUUGACUUUGAAUUUUUGGGUAAUUUGAGUGGUGAUCCUUACAUUCUUCACACUAAUGUGUUUAGCCAAGGCAAAGGCAACAGAGAGCAACAAUUCUACCUAUGGUUUGAUCCCACUGCUGAUUUCCACACAUACUCUAUCCUCUGGAACCCCCAACGCAUUAUUUUCUCUGUUGAUGGAACACCCAUUAGAGAGUUCAAGAAUGCAGAGUCAGUUGGUGUUCCAUACCCAAAGAACCAACCCAUGAGGAUAUACUCCAGUCUGUGGAAUGCUGAUGAUUGGGCAACAAGAGGUGGACUUGUCAAGACUGAAUGGACAAAAGCUCCAUUCACUGCUUCAUACAGAAACUUCAAUGCCAAUGCUUGCAUUUGGUCUUCAGGAUCAUCUUCUUGUUCUUCUUCAUCAUCUAAUAGCAAUGCGUGGCUCUCAGAACAGUUAGACUCCACAAACCAAGGAAGAUUGAAAUGGGUGCAGAAAAACUACAUGAUAUACAAUUAUUGCACUGACUCAAAAAGAUUCCCACAAGGAUUUCCUCCAGAAUGCAGCAUGUCAUAAAAUAUUAAACACAACCAAACUGUAUAUCACUUCCACUAUUAACAUCAUUUAUUAUUUAAUCUUUAUCAUUGUAAUUGCUCUUAAAGCCAAUAAAAUAGAUCAUUGCUUUUCUGUAUUAUCCACAAUGAUGUUUGAGUCUUUGUGAUUAAUCUCUUCCUCCAUUUUGGAGUAAAAUGGCUUAAAACAAUUAUCUGCAAUUGAAUGAAAUUAUUUUUUUUU